UUCUUUGUAAAAUACACACAAAUCACUGUCGAUCUGAUUUCGAAACAGUGUUACUACCAUAGUAUGAAAGACACCGUUUUACGAAUGGUCAGAACAUUCAUGCCUGCACACGACAAUCAACACCAAAACCAACAUUUAUUAAGCAUACCCUGAAUUAUGAAAUAAUCUAUUCCCCUUCGGAAUUAUUUAUCAAUGUCGAAAAUUGUGGGUAGGCACCGGUAAGGUAAAUCUGUUUUCCUGUAUGUCGCCUUAAACUAGAGUUAGUGGUUGUAUUUAAAAACCGUUGAGGUUAUACCAUGAGUAAUUAUUCUUAUAUCACUUAUGAAUUCUUAUGAUUAUCUAUAUAAGUAUAUUGAUCGCUCUAAACGAUCAUAUCUCUGAUAUGAGAACUGGAAUCUAAAUAUAUAAUUAAUUUUGUCCCAACUUAUGCCAUUAUUGUCUGAAUGAUAUAUAUAAAAUUCUACACUGUUGUUAAUUUAUGCCGAGAAACCAAAUGACAUCAGAAUUAAAGAAUAAUUUUUGACUUUCAACAAAUCAUCAUAUAUCCAUUAUCUUUCAAAGACUAAAGGAAGUUAUUUACACCAAAGAGAUAUAACCUUGUUCAUGUAGAAUUAUGAUAGAAUUACUUUAAAAUAUUUGAUCAAACACAGAGAUAAUGAGCAAUAUUUCCGUUCAUUAAUGUUUGGAUGAUCCUGCAUUCUAAUUAUACAAGGACUACGAAAGGAUAUGCAAGUUCUUCAUACAUUGAAUGACUUUAGAAUUGAUGAUACAUAGUUGAAUUUAUAUUUGUUUGACUAACAAAGAAAAGCCUGUAUAUUGUGAGAAAUUAUGGAAAACAAAUUGGGUGAGGACGGUGCUAAACGUAAGACACAGUCUAAAAAGAUUGACUAUACAGAGGAGAUGUCAAAAGAUGCAGGUAAAGUAUUAUACUACUGUGAUAUCUGUAAAAAGUGCUUCUCUCGAAAACGUACCCUCACUACUCAUAAACGUACACAUACAGGAGAGAAACCAUAUCAUUGUGAUAUUUGUGGUAAGUCAUUCUCUCAAAAUCAUGACUUAACUAAACACAAACGCAUCCAUACAGGAGAGAAACAAUAUCGCUGUGAUAUCUGUGGCAAAUCAUUCUCUCGAAAUGAUCACUUAAAUAUACACAAACAUACUCAUACAGGAGAGAAACCAUAUCAUUGUGAUAUUUGUGGUAAAUCAUUUUCUCGAAAUGAUCACUUGGCUACUCACAAAAACAUUCAUACAGGAGAGAAACCUUAUCACUGUAAUAUCUGUGGUAAAUCAUUCUCUGAAGGAAGUACCUUAAUUAAACACAAACGUAUUCAUACAGGAGAAAAACCAUAUCGCUGCGAUAUCUGUGGUAAAUCAUUUUCUGAUGGAAGUACAUUAACUAAGCACAUACGCAUUCACACAGGAGAGAAGCCACAUGACUGUGAUAUCUGUGGAAAAUCAUUCUCACAAAUAGGUAAUUUAACUAAACACAAACUCAUUCAUACAGGAGAGAAACCCUAUCAAUGUGAUAUUUGUAAUAAAUGUUUUUCUCGAAACAAUGAUUUAAUUAAGCACAAAGGCAUUCAUGACAGGAAACCCACUUAACUGUGAUGUCUGUGAUAAAUCAUUUCUAUGGACUCCUUUGAUUACUAUUUUAUUCUGGUGGACCCCCAUAGCAAUUCGAUGUUUAAAAACUUGUUUUAUAGAAACGUCUUUCAAGUAUCCUGUUUUGUUUUUUAUGCAUUAACUUGUGUAGGCUGAACUAUGUAAAACACCAGAGAAAGAAACCUAACUGCUUCUUGUAAUAAAUACAUCUAAAGCAAAAUUUUAUCAUGGACCCUUAAUGAACUACUGUGAAUCCCUAAUUUGCUAUUUUGCUUGUGUUGACCCCCAGAAGUCUUACUUGGACCCUGGUUGAGCAGCAUUGCUCUGAACAGACAAUUAACUAUGUUUAUCUCCAUACGUAUAGAAGAGUGAUUCUAUCAAUGUCAAAAGGCUUCUGUGAAAGAAAUGUUUUAUGUAACAAUAAACAUAUUGAAACAAGGAUGAAAGUACAACCUUCUAACAUGAUAUCUUUGAUCUUCUUAUCUUUUACUUGUUUCACUCAUUAGACUGCGACCAUGCUGGGGCACCACCUUGGAGAAUUUUUAGUCAAAAGAAUUGACCCCAGUACUUUUUUCUCUCCAAGUCUGGUGCUUAUUCUGUCAGUUUGUUUUACCAAACUGCUAAGUUAUGGGGAGUUAAACACACCAGUACCAGUUUUCAGGCAGUGGUGGGGGACAAACAGACACAAAGACACACACACACACACACACACACGCACACACACACACACAUAUGUGAUGGGCCUCUUUCAGUUUCUGUCUACCAAAUCCACUCACAAGGCUUUGGUCGACUUGAGUCUAUAGCAGAAGAUACUUGUCCAAGGUGCCACACAGUGAGACUGAACCUGGAACCAAGUGAUUAGGAAGCAAGCAUCUUACCACACACCCAUGCCUGCACCUGAUAUGUUAUAUCCUAUAACAUCCAUUUUUCAUGCUGGUAUGGGUUGGACGGUUUGACCAGAGUUGACAAGCUGGAGAGCUGCCCCAGGUUCGAGUUUGAUUUGGUUUGAUUUCUACAUCUGGAUGCCCUUCCUAAUGUCAACCACUUUAUAGUGUAUGCUGGGUGCUUUUAUCAUGGCACUGGCACAAGCACUUUUACAUGGUGCUAGCACAUGUGGUUUUUUUUAUGAGGUACCAGCCCACUUGCUGGCCAGUCCUCUUCAGGAGAUGCAGUCUUAACACUUCUGCUGUGGAGGAUGGGUCUUCUUGAGUACAGCAAGGCACCAGGUAUCUUGAUCCUUUGCCAUCUCAUCUGAAAGGUUCAGCAUCCUUAGGUUUCCUUCAGUACAUCACCCCAUGUCUUCCUGGGUCUCUCUCUUCCAUGAGUUCCAUCCACUUUGAAAGAUUGGCACUUCUUUAUGGAGCUGUCGGCAUCCAUCCACAUCACGUGAGCAAACCAGCGCUUUCUUCUGUCUUGCACUCUGCAUUUAAUUUCACUUUUGCUAUUUUUAGUUCACUUAUUUUUCCAGAUAGAAGAAAAAGUACUACUGAUUUAUAUGACAUUUUGAUGAAAUUUCUGAGAAAUUUAUUACCAUAUAGCAGUGAUAAUAUUACUGUUCAGUCAUUAUAUUAUAAAUAAUAUGGAGAGACAACAGGGUGAUGCUGUUAGAUGGAGAGAUUAAGAAGGUAAAGGAAAAGGUGAAAUACUGUAAAUGAAUAGAUUAAGGGAAGUUAAAAGAAAGAAGUUAAAAUCAAGUUAGAACAGUACAAGAAAAGGUGAAAAAUAAUUUUUAUAGAAAUUUUGUUUUUAGAAAUGUUUAGAAAUUUUUUUUCUUAAGAAGGAUCAAAAAACCACUUAAAGAAAAAUUUUCUAAAGCUUAAUGAACUUCACAAACUUCAAAAAAGACUUAAGGAAAAUGUUUCUAGACAAUCCAUAAAAAUACACAAAUCAUCAUCAUCAUUUAACAUCUGUUUUCCCUGCUGGCAUGGGUUGGAUGGUUUGACAAAGCUGAACAAUUGAAGGGCUGUUCAGGUUCCAUGUCCUUCUGGUAUGGUUUCUAUGGCUGGAUGCCCUUCCUAACACCAACCACUUUAUAUACCUUUUCUCUUUGGAAAGGUGAUACUUUCAGAAUGAAAUUGAAAUAUGUUUCAUAACUUUGUUGUUCAAUUUGACCAUCUGGCUGGAUGGUGUACUGACUAUUUUUUCAGCUGGACAUUAAUUUGCUGUUGUAGUCCUGUACAAAAUGAACAUAGUCUGCUGUUUGGAAUGAUAUUUGCUUGUGCUGCAGUAACAAGUUUGAAGUCAAUGCUCUGUUUAUCUUCUACUAUGACGGCUUGUGUCCUGUCAAAUAUUACUGCAUUUAUUUCCAGUGUGUGCCAGUACCACCUGUCUGGCCUUCGUGUGGGUGACAAGUAAAAGCACCCACUACACUCUCUGAGUGGUUGGCGUUAGGAAGGGCAUCCAGCUGUAGAAACUCUGCCAAAUCAGAUUGGAGGCUAGUGUUGCCAUCCGGUUUCACCAGUCCUCAGUCAAAUCGUCCAACCCAUGCUAGCAUGGAAAGCAGACGUUAAAUGAUGAUGAUGAUGAUGAUGAUGAAGGAUUGUUUUCCUAUAUACAUAUUCCUGACAUCUCCUGUGAUUGUUUAGAGUGGCACACAUUGGCAAAAUGAUUCGGUGUCUGCAUUUUAUGCAUAUUUUCCGUAGGCAUAGCAUUAUUUUAGGUGGGUGAAUGCAACUCAUUUUCCACACGAAUGGAUGCAGCUAUUUCUUAGGCUUUUUCUUUGAGCUUUUAAUGAUGUGCUUUUAAACUGUCCUGGCUUGUUUUAUCUUGUUUGUUGAUAUUUGUUUUGUAUCCCAGCUGACGCUAAAGAUUCUUCCAUGAUGCUUUUUACUGGUGUAGCACUUAUAUUAACUCUACAUUUAUCUACUGCUUUUUUUUUUUUAACAUUAAUUCUGCACCCUGAAGCAGUAGCUUUUGAAUAUCUUUGUU